AUGGUGGGAAUCACGAAGGAGCAGGUUCACGGCAUCGAUGCAAAGAAGGCGCAGCAUCGACUCAACGUGCUUCUCAACAAGCAUUUCUCGUUGAACACGGAAUCUGCUAAGGCGUUGGGCGUCGACGAGGUGUAUAAUGAGAGGACCGAACUCUUCGACGAGCUGCUGGCAUUGUAUGAUGAUAUGAAGGAGGAACAGAAGGAAAUAGCCGGAAAGGUCGCCAACGAAGCCCAACGUAACGAAAACAAGGGGAGCAAUAGCAUCAGCGUGGGCAAAUUGCUGAAAAUGAUGAAUGCAAUGCAAGAAGACAACAAGGCAGAAUUGGGCUUUCGCAUGUCGCAGCUUGAGUUCCAAAUAAUCGAGCGUUGGCUACAAGCCCUCGGAGUGUCGAGAGCAAGGUUGGAGGCCGCGCGGAAGUCCGCAGAUGAGUCGAAAGGACUGCGCUUGGACUUGGCGUAA